CACAUUUUUAGAGCAUGCGGCUAUUAUGACGAUCAUUUUACAGUUUGACUAGUCAAGGACCCAAUCACCUUUGGCGGAGGGGUACAGCAGGAGGUGAGACUAUUGGCUGCUCUAAAGAUUAUGCUGAAUCUGCAGGGCUUUAAUGGGCUCCUCGGAGAAAGACUGGAAAUAUGCGGUCGUUGACAUGGUUCAGAGACGUUGAAAUGAUGGCGGAACGAGUAAGCGGCCAAUGGUAGGAUUCACAGUCCCGGAUAAAUCCCUUACUUUGAUGGACAAGGGGAAUUGUCAGAUUGUACUGAUAUACGUCACGUCCACUCAGCUGUAUUCUGCAUGUCUUAAUGUAGUUUUCCCUCUUAUUCUCCGCGACAGAUACCUUUUAGGGUAGAACGCGCCAAUCGUCCUCCAACUACGAUUCCUCAGAAUUAUCUGAACAUGGCUGGUUUUAGCCAAGGCCAUCAACGUCCUCUCCUUCCUGCCGCCGAACUACCGCCUGUUCCUACACCCCGCGCUGUCCUCCAGCGUUACCCAAGAGUCGGUGUCACGGUUGCCUGUGAAACCUGUCGAAAGCGAAAGAUCAGAUGCAAUGGGAGUCGACCGCGUUGUAAAGGCUGUAUCCGAACUGGGUCGGAAUGCAGCUAUGCACCCAUGAAUAGAUAUCGCGAAUUACGACAGCGUUGCGAACAUCUACAAAAUGAAAACACGGAUUACCAAAAGCUUGUCGAUUUGUUGCGAUCAAGAGACCACAAGGAAGCGAAUGUCAUUCUUGAUAUGCUACAGCAAAACUCGAGCGUACAUGAGGUUCUUCGUCAAGUUGAGCACGGUGAUAUGUUAUGCGAACUGUCCGUUGUAUCCGAAGAUAGCAACAUCGUCACCGCAAACUUCCCAUCGCCGAAUAGCACAGACACCAGCGUAUACUUUUCGCGACCCGAUCAGACAAUAAGGGAAUGAAAUCAUCUUGGCGGCCGAUCCGGAUGCCCAGCUCUUAUCCAUGCAAACGCAUGAACCACCCUGGGGUCACACUGGGAUGGAUUAUGGAACACAAACGAACCAGGGGAGACCAUCUCCUCCCAUGCCAAGACACAAUACGCAAUUCCUUUGCAUCAUAUAUUUUCACACUCUCCUAGUCUUCUUAAAAUGUUGCUGGGAACUUGAAAACAAGAACCCAUCUUACUGCAUUAUGGCCUUGUCUAAGCUUAUCUGCAGAAAUAUCCAAGUUAAGAGGAUUCUCGUAAGGGGCUAUAACAUUCUUCGACCCAAGAUAUACUACGGAAUCAAAUUUCUGGGAUUAAAUUGUUAGAGGAAGAUUGAUUAGACAUCCUUUCAAACACUUGUGUAGUUUAUGACGGGUUGUGCAGAUUGCAAGGAGAUAGUUGAACAAUGUAGGUUUUCCGGUUUCUUAACUGGUGAACAGGAUGUAUAUAAGACCUCGAAUUUGGG